AUGUUUACUGAUCUUUGGAAUUGGAUUGUUUCAUAUUAUGACUACCUAAUAGCCAGAUUCUGGGCCGCAGAGCUGGAAAUUACGCUCCUGGGAUUACAAAAUGCAGGCAAAACGUCUUUACUGCGAGUACUUGCAGGUGACAAAUUUACACGAGACUGGGAUGUUGGAGGGCAGCCUAGGUUUCGGACCAUGUGGGAGCGGUACUGUUUGGGAGUCGAUGCCAUUGUAUUUGUGGUGGACUCUGCAGACGCACACACGUAUGAAGGAGCUAGGCAAGAGCUUCAUGCGGUUUGCAAUAAUUCAUCGUUAAGCGACAUUCCUGUGCUUGUGUUGGCUAACAAGAACGAUUUGGCGGAAGCAUUGCCACUGGAAGACUUUGUAACCAAGAUGGACAUCAAGGGGAUUAAGAACCACCAAGUGACAUGUUACUCAGUGUCAGUCAAAGAGACAGAUAAUCUGAAUGCGGUGGUGAGCUGGCUUGUGUCGCAAAAGGAAAAUAACGUUAAUAAAGAAGGAUCUGCGCAGGAAGAAGGCGAAGAAGCGGAAACUUGA